UCUAAAUCAACUUUGAAACUUGAGGUCUUUGAUCAAGAUGAUGAUGGUGCUAAGCAAUCGAUGGGUCACGUCUCCGUUACGAUUGACAUUAACGGUCAGUUUCCCAGUACCUAUCUCCGUCGUCUGGACUCUGGUAAACUUGGAUUUAGCGUUAAUAAGGUUAAUAGCUAA